GCCGGUUUCGACGCUUCUAUCCGAAUCGUAGCAGGCGCAUGUUUUUGUUUACGUACUAUUUGCAGGAAAACAGGCACGGCACCUGACAACUGGAUAUAACCACUCUGUCAUGCUAGGCAGGCGACUUACUCAAUAAGUGAGAUAUUGCCAGGAGACAGUGACAGCGCGAGGGCACCUUGGCAUCUGCGCUCUUUAGUCUUAACCUAAAAACCUACGCGAUCAGGAUGGACCAUCAUCAGGCCUUUCCAAACUCAAAGCAUCCUAGAAAGAAAAAGAAACAAAAUUUAUCAAAGUCUGAUAAACCUUCUUUUUCUAAUGAUACCGCGACCUCUGAAGACCUGGAAGCAGAGUUGAAGUCUUCUAAACAAUGUCAGGAAAACCUGUCCUCUGCCCAAAGUGUUUCUACUACUGAAUUUCAACCAGAAGAACCUGGGGCUGGCCCAGCUAAGCGGAAACGGAAUCGGAAAAAACAAACUAAAACACAGUCUGUAGAUAAGGAAAUUUCUGCUCCGGAGAAACUCAACGACGAAAGUAAUUCUAUUGUUCAGAUUUCAGCAUCUUUCAUUCCGGUUGUUCAAAAGGCAAUACAUCUAUUGGAAGCUUCUGAGCAACAGAUGAAUUGCUCUCAAUCAACUGGCACAAGCAACUCAACAAAGUCUUCUAAGAAGGCUAAAAAGGGUAAAACCCCUUCGGCACCCCCUCACAGUGAGGUGGUUACAGUUGUUUCCCCUGGAGCUUCCAGAUUAUCAGGCACACAGGGAACUUCAAACACUAGUGUUAAUGUCACUGACCAUUAUAUGCAACAAUCUGGAAAAAACUUCAGUGGUUUAAACCUUCAGGAUAUUGAGUUUCUGAAGAGUGCAAGUAGCAUUGGCCCCAUUUACUCUAGAUCAUCAUUUUCCUCCUCUGUCACUGUAACUUCAAGCAGUCUCAGUAAUCAGCUUAGUAGUGAGAGAAUUUGCAGCGCCCACCUCUACGGUGGUAUUCCAAAUUCAUCAGGAAGUGAAAUUUCAUCCAUUGUAAGUACAAUGAGUGCUCCAGAAGCAUCAAAGAAAUCAAGAGAGGAUGUUGAGGCUGAACGUAAGGCAAGAAAAGCUGCAAAGGCAGCUGCCAAACUCAAACCAAAGAGCAAUGCUCCACAAGAACCUGCACCCACUAAACCAGAUAAGACUGGGGUGAAAGAAGCAGGCACAAGCAAGAAAGACACUGCUGCUUCUUCCUCUAAAAGUGUAAACCCAAAAUCAACUGGACAAAAUGAUUCUGUGGAAACAUCGAAUGAAACCAUAAAAUUAUCAGAACCUAGUUCAUCACAGACUCGAAAGAGUAGAGCUCCAGAUGAGCCUGAUUUUGCAAGAGUAAAUGUUCUUCCUUCAGAUUGUGAUGAAAAUGAACUUCCUAAAAGUUUGCAACACCUCUCAUUAAAGGAUGAUCCUGAAAAGAAAGAAAGACUUGUUAUUAAAAAGUCAGUUACUGAAAAACCGAUAGAGACUACAAAGAAAGAAGUUUCUGAUAAGAAGGGAGAAAAUGAGAAAAAGGGAGACAUUGAGAAGAAGGAAGGUAGUGAGAAAAGUAAGGCUGAACUGAAAGCUGAGAGACGUGCCAAGCAGGAAGCCCAACGCGCCGCAAAGGCCCAGCAGCAAGAAAAACAAAAGGCCCUACAAAAUGUUCAGAAACAGACUAUACAGCAGCCUAAGUCCUUAAGGCCGCCUGAGAAACCUCAACUGAAGGAUAUCAAGGCUAAAGAACAGGGAAAGAUAUCUUCAACAUCAAAAUCAGCUAUAGAUACAAAGGCAGAGCGACGAGUGAAACUUUUUAGCCACUUAUAUCAAAACUCAUUCAAAAACAUAUCACAGACAAUUGGUGUCAGCCAUCCUCAAUAUCACAUGUCUAUUGUUCGUUUGGGUGUGCAAUAUUCUAACCGUGUGAUACUUGGAUCUAAUGCACGAUGCCUUGCUCUCUUAUAUACUCUAAAGGAUUUGAUAGCUGACUAUGAAACUCCACCUCAAAAAGAAUUUUCCAGAGGUUUAGAAGCCUAUCUUCAACCCAACAUGGAUUUUCUACAGCAGUGCCGUCCUCAUUCAGUUUCUAUGGUUAAUGCAUUGCGGUACAUCAAGUGGCAGCUAACUCAAUUAUCAAUUGAAAACUCUGAUACAGAGGCUCGACAACAUAUUCUUGAAGCUAUUGAUCAGUACAUUUCUGAUCAAAUUGGAAAGGCAGCUGAAGCUAUUGGGGAGGUUGUCAAAGACAAAAUCGAUGACAAUGAUGUUAUUUUAGUGUAUGCUUGCUCUUCACUAGUCCUUAGUGCUCUUAAAAUUGCUCUAGAGACUAAACGUAAAUUUCAUGUCAUAGUUGUUGACUCACUCCCGUGGCUGGAGGGAAGGGAGAUGCUCAGACGUCUUGUCUCAAUGGGUGUUCAGUGCUCUUAUGUUCACCUCUCUGCUGCCAGUUUUGUAAUGAGACAAGUAUCUAAAGUACUCCUUGGUGCACAUGCACUUUUAGCAAAUGGCUAUGUUAUGUCUCGAGCUGGUACAUCCCAAAUUGCUCUCUUGGCUCAUGCAUACAAUGUACCCGUCCUGGUAUGUUGUGAAACAUACAAAUUUAGUGAGCGUGUUCAAACUGACUCAAUUGUCUACAAUGAAUUAGCUGACCCUGAUGAGCUUAUCGGAUCACGAAGGGCCGGAGACAGAGAGAAAGAGGGUGAACGCCCACUGGCAAACUGGAGAGAUAUCCCUUCUCUCAGCCUAUUGAACUUGGUGUAUGAUGUUACACCACCAGAUUUAGUUACUGCUGUUGUGACAGAGCGUGCCAUCCUUCCCUGCACCAGUGUUCCAGUCAUUCUGCGCAUUAAGCCCACUGAAUGUUGAUGAUAUUGGAUCAUUAACUUCUUUAUUUUGGUUAAAAAGAGACUUCACGGUAUGUAUAUAAUUAAAUUGUCUUAUGAUUCUAUAAGGGUAGCUUACGUACAAUUUUAUUCAACAGAAUGUAAAAUAACUAAUCUAAAAUAGUGAAUGUACCUGUACUCUUCAAUUCAAUAUAUUGCACCCCUUGAUGGGUUCAUAUUGAAUUUUCAUACAUGUAGUUUUAUGGGAUUUGUUUUACCUUGGCUGCUGCCUGUGUUUCUUGAUUUAAUAUGUGUCUUUGUAAAAUGCUUUCCUAUCUAUUGUAUAUAGUCCCAGAUGGAAAUUAAUAUCUCAUUUAAAAAAAAGAUUUAGCAGUCAUUUACUUUUUUCAACAAAACGUAGUUCUGAAACCCUAUUUUAUUGUUUCUGGUUUCUCAAAGCCUCUAUCAAUUAAGCAAAACUUCACAGUUUGCUUGAUGGUUGUCUCCUUGGUGCAGAAGUAAGAAAAGAGGCGCGAUUUCACAAUCCUUUCUGGUGUGGGGGCCUUCUGGUCGUAGUGAGGUAGAUAGGAGGGUCAUACUCAGAAAUACUGGGGUAGUAUUGUUACUCUGUUUUCACUCGUUUUAUUUUCUUUCCAAGAAUAUUGGUGUUUAAAUAGAAAUUUAACAUUUUUACACAAAUACAUAUCUUUUCUAACA